AGGAACGAUGGUAGUUCCGAUGGAAGUUUGGAUAGAAUGUCCUUGGGAGGAUCAAUUGGAAGGUACGAGAAGUGCUCCUUGGACAAGGAGACAAUAAGCCGAGAAAGCUGGCCGAAACAGUCCAAACUAGAUUUCGGAGAUGUUUAUCAGAGCACGUACAUUUAUAGCGUUAUCAACAUGUCAUCAUAGUCAUCAUCAUGAUCAGUCUAUAGAAAAAGACAGGAGAACAGGAGAAAAGACAAAGGAAAUGAAACAAACAAAAGACUGUGGUCUGGUUCUGGUUCUGGUUCAUGUUCAUGCAGAAAAGAAGAAAAAUGCAAACAUGACAUCGAAAUUAAAAUGCAAAGAUAAUGCAGAAGAAAGAAAAAAAAAAGAAUAAGGAAAAGAACAUCGGAAGAUGAGAGAUCAUAAACGAAA